AUGAGGCGGCUGUGGAAGGUGCCCAGCUCCCGGCCCCCUCGGAGCACUAGCCGCAGCACCAGCCGGAAGUGCUUCCUCUUGUCUGCGUCCGAGAUGAACAGGGUCUUGGCGCAACCGAAUUCCUGCGGGGUUCACGCAGAUGGGGGACCAUCUCAUCCCAGUCGUCCGCCACCGGAUGAACCCACCUCCCCCAGUUAUCUGGCGUCCGCCCCGUCGGACGUGACCUGAAGCAGCACGAUCCAAGCUCUGGGGCUCGCCCUCCAGGCAGAACCCGGCUCUCUCAGCCUCCCUACCUAUCCCUUGGCUUCUGCAGGGCAGUAAGCGAGUCCUCCUCUCCAAAGAGGGAGGGAUGGGAGCAGGAAUCGGCCCCCCUCCGAUGCGCUCUCACCCUGGAGUCCGCCUGCUCCUCAAAAUUCAACUUCUGCGUCUCGGCAGCACUUCCGGACGCGCCGUCCAGUCCCAUGUAACCGCACACCGUGGGCCCGGUCUCCCCUGCCUGGUGGGCUGGAGAGGGACGCAAGCGGGCUCUGAAAGGACUCAGGUGCCAGACAAGCCACGUUCUCGCCGCCAGAUGGCGCGGCGAGACUGCGCCUGCGAACCGCCCCGCUCCCAGGCUCUACUGCUGUGGUCCUCCUACGUGGGGAGGCCACGGCAGCCCUGGAUUCCGCCCUCACCUUGGCCCUGCACUGGCUUCACCCUCCAGCCGGGACCUGCGAGGUAGACACAGGGCGGGGGGCAGAAGAACCUGCGGAGACACGCUAGAGUGAAGAUGCCAUGACAGCAGGGACUGUAUCUAUCUUGUUCUGCCGUAUGCCCAGUGCCCAGCAGUGCCCAGAGAGCCUGGCCUAUUAUAAGCACUCAGAUUUCUGGGCCACUUUGGCGUGCAGGAUCCACACGGUUUGCUGGCACUGUUGCUGCAGGCACUGGCGCACGCCUUCCCUCAGGACCGUGGCGUGCUCAGGGGAUGACCUGGGAGUGGGGGCAGGCCGGCUGGCCCGCAGCAGGGAGCGUCAAGGAGCGCAUGGAGCCCGAGGACCGGAGUCCGGGGACCUCUCCUCACUCCUGGAGGGGGCAGAGGAGGGCAAGAGCCGGGCCGCGUCCUCGGAAGAAGCGGGGCCAGGCAGUCGGCGGCCCAAGCCAGGCCCCGCUCCGCCCCUUGGGGCUCUCCUCAGGGAAGCGCCUCGGAGCUUCCAACUCAUUCCGGCUGCGGAGAGCGGAGCCGCCCAGCCUCCCGCUGGAGCCCCACUCCAGCCCCGCAGCUCGCGUCUGCGGCUCCAAGGGCGCAGGAGCGGGGGGCGCCGCGUUUGCCCCGCCCCAGCGCUCAGAGGACCGGGGACCGCUCCCUGCCGGUGGGAGGGGUCGCAGCCCGCUCCCCUCCCCACCCGCCAGCCCCGGGUUAAAUGCGGCCGCCGCCUCUGCUGGCUCCAGCCGCCUGGCAGUCCCCACUUCGGGCACGCAGCCCGCGCCGUUACCUGGUCCAGCUGCCCGGGUGGCUGCGCCCGUCGGCUCCGCUCUGCGGCCGCGCCUCCGAGUUGUCCGGCAGGUUCAGGCGCCAUGACGGGGCUUCUGUGUUCGCCACUGCCCGUGUUGCUGCUCCUUCUCUGGCCGUGGGAAACCCAGCCCCAGUUCGCAGGUCCCGGGUGCCGUGCUGGGCCCCUGGAUUUGGUGUUCGUGAUUGACAGCUCGCGCAGCGUGCGCCCCUUCGAGUUCGAGACGAUGCGGCAGUUCCUGGUGGGCCUCCUCCGCAGCCUGGACGUGGGGCCCAACGCCACGCGCGUCGGCGUGAUCCAGUACUCGAGUCAAGUGCAGAGCGUCUUCCCGCUCAGCGCCUUCUCGCGCCGCGAGGACAUGGAGCGUGCCAUCCGCGCUCUGGUGCCGCUGGCGCAGGGCACCAUGACCGGGCUGGCAAUCCAGUACGCCAUGAACGUGGCCUUCAGCGUGGCCGAGGGCGCGCGUCCGCCUGAGGCGCGCGUGCCGCGCGUCGCUGUCAUCGUGACCGACGGGCGGCCCCAGGAUCGCGUGGCUGAGGUGGCGGCGCAGGCGCGCGCCCGUGGCAUCGAGAUCUACGCUGUGGGGGUGCAGCGCGCCGACGUGGGCUCCCUGCGCGCCAUGGCGUCCCCGCCGCUGGACGAGCACGUCUUCCUCGUUGACUCCUUCGACCUUAUCCAGGAGUUUGGCCUGCAGUUCCAGGGCCAGCUGUGUGGAAAGGACCUGUGUGCUGAGGGGGAGCACGGCUGCCAGCACCAAUGUGUCAGCGCCCGGGGCACAUUCCACUGCACCUGCAAUCCUGGCUACCAGCUGGCAGCAGAUAACAAGAGCUGUUCGGCCAUUGACCACUGCGGCUUUGGGAACCACAGCUGCCAGCAUGAGUGUGUGAGCACCUUUGGUGGGCCACAGUGCCGCUGCAGAGAGGGCCACGUCUUGAUGCCCGAUGGGAGGAGUUGUCAGGCCCGGGACCUUUGCAAUGGUGUAGACCAUGGAUGCGAGUACCAGUGUGUGAGUGAGGGCCUCUCCUACCACUGCCUAUGCCCUGAGGGGCGGCAACUCCUGGCAGAUGGCAAGAGCUGCAACCGCUGCCGGGAAGGCCACGUGGACCUGGUUCUGCUUGUUGAUGGCUCCAAGAGCGUGCGCCCGCAGAACUUUGAGCUGGUGAAGCGCUUCGUGAACCAGAUCGUGGACUUCCUAGACGUGUCCCCGGAGGGCACACGAGUGGGGCUGGUGCAGUUCUCCAGCCGAGUGCGCACCGAGUUCCCGCUGGGCCGCUACGGCACCGCAGCGGAGGUGAAGCAGGCGGUCCUGGCCGUGGAGUACAUGGAGCGCGGUACCAUGACCGGGCUGGCGCUGCGCCACAUGGUGGAGCAUAGCUUCUCCGAGGCGCAGGGCGCACGGCCCCGCACUCUCAAUGUGCCUCGCGUAGGCCUGGUCUUCACCGAUGGCCGCUCCCAGGAUGACAUCUCAGUGUGGGCGGCGCGCGCCAAGGAGGAAGGCAUCGUCAUGUACGCCGUGGGCGUGGGCAAGGCGGUGGAGGAGGAGCUGCGCAAGAUCGCCUCGGAGCCCGCCGAGCUGCACGUGUCCUACUCUCCUGACUUCGGCACCAUGACGCACCUGCUGGAGAACCUUAAAGGCAGCAUCUGCCCGGAGGAGGGCAUCAGCGCUGGGACCGAGCUUCGGAGCCCCUGUGAAUGCGAAAGCCUCGUGGAGUUCCAGGGCCGCACGCUGGGGGCGCUCGAGAGUCUGACGCAGAAGCUGGUCCAGCUGACGGCGCGCCUGGAGGAUCUGGAGAACCAGCUGGCUAUCCAGAAGUGAGGGUCGCCGGUGGGCCGGACCCGGGCAGGGGCGCAGCCCCGCGGACAGUGCCCCCUCGUGCGCCGAACGGGCGCCGGGGCGGGGCCGCACCUGGGCCCUCGGGCUUGGGCUGCCGGGAGGAGGCGCUGGCAGGCUCCCAGCGCUGCGCUCGAGCUGGCCUCGCCUGGACCAGAAGCCGGACUGCGGGGAACAGGGGGCGCCGCCUAGGUCCGCACGCCCUCGCCACGUGCUGCGCUCAGUUCUCUGUUGGGUUUCUUUUUUGUUUUCUUUUUCUUAAAAAAAAAAUAAAAUUGGUUUCCACGGGG